CCUGCGCGCUCCCCGCCGCGCCUCGCACCCCGCGUCCGCUGCCCGGCCCGGCCCGGCCUGGCCCGGCCGGCGCUGCCCACCUGAGGGAGCCCGCGCCCCGCGCCCGCCCGACCCUCCGCCCGCCCCGCGAGCCGGGCACCUGUGCCAGGAGCCCUGUUGAAUCCACCGAGAAGGGACGUUCAGAGCAAACACCAUGAGUAUCUCAGCUCUCGGAGGAAGCAGCAAAGGGAAGCCUCUCCCACCGGGCGAGGAGGAACGCAAUAAUGUCCUCAAGCAGAUGAAGGUUCGGACCACGCUGAAGGGGGACAAGAGCUGGAUCACCAAGCAGGAUGAAUCAGAGAGCCACACCCUUGAGCUGCCCUCAGGCCGGAGUCGUGCCAUAUCUUUUUCUUCAGCUGGGGAGGUCCCGAAGGCCAGGCCCCCGAGCACGAGGGCUCCCACUGGCUAUAUCAUCCGGGGUGUGUUCACCAAGCCUGUAGACAGCUCGUCUCAGCCCCAGCAGCACUUCUCCAAGGCCAAUGGAGCUCCAAAAAGCGCUGCCGGUCUGGGGAAAGCAGCUCCUGCUGGGCCUCCCCGCCCCUCCUCCUCUGGCUACAGGAUGACCACAGAGGAUUACAAGAAGCUGGCACCCUACAACGUCAGGCGCAGCUCAGCGUCAGGGGCUGCUGAAGAGGAGGAGGUGCCCUUCUCUUCUGAUGAGCAGAAACGGAGGUCAGAGGCUGCCAGCAGCGUGGUGAGGAAGACAGCUCCCCGGGAGCACUCCUACGUCCUGUCGGCGGCCAAGAAGAGUGCCAGCAGCCUUGCCCAGGAGACACAGGCCCCGUUCAUCGCAAAGAGGGUUGAGGUGGUGGAUGAGGACGGGCCUUCCAAGAAAAGCCAGGACCCACCUGCUCUGGCACGAUCCCCUCCCGGCUCGAGCAGUCGCAGUGCAAGAGGCGAGGAGACUGCCCGCCUGCGGAUCACGACACCCGGGGCGGGACUCCGCCUGGUGGCCCCAGACCUGGAAGAAACGAGGUCUUCCCCAGGCUCCAAAGACAACGAAGCCCCCAACCCCAGAGAGCCCAAGAGAGACUUGACUGGUGAAAGGGCCUUCAAGGGCCUUGAUGCAGACUCUGAAAGAUCAAGUGCACAGUCAAGUGACGGCAACGUAGGAUCCAGACCCACGGGCUCCACACCUGAAGGCUUGGCUGGAGCAGACAUCAGCUCUGGGAGAGGAGGGCUGUCCUCACCUGCUGUCUUUACCCCUCUCCUGGAUGAUCAGGAGGUGCCCAGUGCCAACUCACAGCCUCAUAAGCCUGGACCAGCAGCCACCAGCUCUGGUGCCACUUCUGCCUCUGCUGUCCUGGCUAACAGGAAGAGCAACAGCCCAGCACACCUGGAGGACAUGGAGACGGACCCAAAGGGCACCUUGGCUGAUUUUGAGGACGAGAAUGUGGUCACCAAGGUGGGAGACUCCUGGCAGGGGAGGCCUGGAGCCCAGCAAGAUGACCGGGGAGACCCAGCUGCACCCACCCAGAAGCUGGCAGACCCCAGCAGCCCCGAGCAGCAGAGCAGCCCCAGAAAUCCUGAGCAGCACCUGGAAGUGGACAGCCAGGCCAGCAGCCUUGUGUUCUCCAGAAACUUCACUGGAGGAUGGGGGCAGGGAGCUCAUUCCAGGAAGGGGCUGCCCCACCCAUUGAGGAGGAUGAGGAACCCCUCAAGGUGUACGGUCACUGUUGCUGUCACUGCCACCUCUGAGCAGCCUCGUGUUUAUGUGCCAGCCUCCCCGAGUGAAUUGGAGUCUAACUCAACCGGCAAAGGGAUUCUCUUUAUGAAGGAGUACGUGAAUGCUCGUGAGGUAUCUUCCGGGAAGCCACUGUCUUCAUUCUACAGCAGCGUCGGCAGCACUGAGGACUCAGGCCACAUGGAGAAGAAACUCCCACGUGACAGCACUCCAUACUCUGAGAGAACAAGUGGAGGGAUCUGUACUUACUGCAACCAGGAGAUCGGAGACUGUCCAAAGAUUACCUUAGAACAUCUUGGCCUUUGCUGCCAUGACUAUUGCUUUAAGUGUGGGAUUUGCAGUAAACCGAUGGGUGAGCUUCUGGAUCAGAUCUUCAUUCACCGUGACACCAUCCACUGUGGGAAAUGCUAUGAGAAGCUCUUCUAGCUCCUCCAGGCUAACAAGAAGCUGAUAACUCCUGGACAAGUUUGACUGUCCCCACUUGCCCCAAGUUGCUGACUUCUUCCCUCACUUCCUCUCGCCUCCAUUUGAUUGCUUCAUGUUUUUGCUCUUCCUAAGUUGAACUUGCUUACAUCCAGUAGCAUGUCUUAAUGAUGUUAUGAUAAUUACUUGUGUGUGUAGCUCUUCAUAGCUUAGAAAGCACUUCCCAUCCAUUAUCUUACUUCAGGCUCAAGCAAAGAGGAUUGAACAAUAAUUCCAUUUUGGCUUCCCUCAGACUGGUCAGCUUCCUGAUGAGUUUAGGUGGCCUGGUACAAUAGGCAUGGACAAGAGCGUGGGGUUCGGUGUAUCCUGACUCUAGGGACAGAGAGCAAAUCACAUUCUGGUUCACAGCUCUGAGUGUACCUUUGGAACUUGACAGAAGAAGGAGACCUCCUGAAGCUUCUGAGGGGUUAAAGACUGUUGACGAUCCCUGGUGGGUAAAUUGCAGACAUUGAAUGCUAGGGAUUGACAUAGGCUAAUGUUUAGCUUGUCUAUUUGCCAUAUAUAUUUUUUAAACUUUCCAUAUACUUUUACAACUAGUUAGUGCUUUUGAUUGAGUUAUAUAGCAGAUUUUAAUGACCUCCUACCUACCUACCUUUCAAUAUAGUUGCGUUUUGUCCUGCAGGCAUGUGGACAUGUAUUAGAAAGUUUACAUGUUAGGUUUAAAUUCUAUAGGAUGUGAUUCCUAAGAGGCUACUGACCAAAGGGGCAUCUGUGUCUGAAUCUUGCUAGCUAAUUAAUACCUUUGCCCUCAAUUUCCGAUCCCUAAACUUUACACAGAAAUCCCCUAAAGCAAGUUUUAGGGUCUAUAGACUCCAGCAGGAUUAUGAAGGGAGAAAAUCAGUCAACGUUUCUUGAGGCCUUACUGCAUACCAGGCAUUAUCACAAAGUGGUGGCAUUAAUCCCCAUGCUAAUCUUGUACAGAGGGUAUUCUUCUCCGCAGUUUGCAAAUGAGGGUGUUGAGGCCCAGAGAGGUGGUCAUUGCAUUGUGCAGAACCAUUGCUGUCUCUCUCCAGAGCGCAUGCUCUCUCCAGUGACAGUCAGGACAAACAUGAGCAUCGAUUUAAUGCUGAGUAGAUGCCAAGCACUGUGUGGAGGUGACACCGCCCCCUCAAGCCUCCCCUGAGGCACACUUUUACAAAGAGGGGAAGGUGGGGGAUUGCACUCCUCCUCUGGGCAUCCUGGGUCCCCAUAAAAUACCAGAAGGGCCAAACUGGCCCUCUCACCUCCGUUUUCCAUGAAAACACUUCUGAACUGAAGUACUCUCAGCUGGGAACAGAUUUGACUCCCAGACCUUCCCAAAGAAGAGCUUGUCAACCCAGGAGAAGCUCCAGUAGACUAGCCGAUCUGGGCACGGGGCCCUCAGUGACCUCCCAUUUUCCAGUCCAGACUCUGUCCCAAGCUAGUGGCAACUACUGAGACCCCAGGUACUUGGAACAGGGAUACCUGUUGCCCAGCUGGACAGAUGCAGGCCCGUUCAUGCAGUCAGCUGAUGCUCUGCUCAGGUUCGACUGGGCGCCUCUGCCUUUGGGACCAGCAUCACUGUGUCAGUUCCUCGAAAGGACAACCUGACAGUUUUUCUGAUGAAAAAUGAGGGCCUUUUCUCUUGGUUUAAUUAGAAAAUGCCUCUCCAUCUCUCUCCAGUUUCUGAGCCCUAUGCACAUUGGCUGGUGGACUUGUUCUUCCUGCCAAAUGAUCAGAGAGGAAUGUUCCAUUUAUUUCCAUAGAUGUGCAUCAGCUUUGCUCUGGAGUGGAAAACUGGCCAUGUACUCGAACAAAAUAUGAGCUGGUUUUCCUCAAGACUAGCCCUCAGCCUGGGACUUGGCAGAUGGUAGGGACUGACACAUAGGUGCUGAAUGAAUGAGUGAAAGGGAAAGAAAGGUCGUGCCUUUGGGUGGGAGGUAGCACCCCUGAGUCUUGGCAGGAUAAAGAGGUCCAAGAUAGGCUGGCUUCCCCACCUUCUAGAUACACUCUGCCUUUAAGAGAGUUUCAGAACCAACAUGCAAGAUAUUGACUCCAAUCUGAAAAAAAUCUCUUUCAUGUUUAAAUGGCACAGAAUUCUCCGGACUUAAGGAAGAGGGGUGGUUGCAUUGCACUUUCGCUUCUUUUUAUUUGCCUAGAAUUUUGAAUCAUACUUGCUUAACUCCUUAAUGUACACAAUUACAAUAAAUGGUAAGAUACUUCA